GAAUUACAUUGAUACAAAUAUGGUUCUGUUUUAAUGUUACAAUCGUAAUAUAACCGUACAUACAUAUGUAUGUGAAAUGAGCACAAACGCCCCCCGUUAUUGCGACUGCGUGUAUUGGUAUGAUUCAGUGUCAUGGCGUCCUGAGUUGUAUGGACGUCUUUCUCUUCGCCUUGCUACGGACGAUAUCAGAUACUUGAAAGAAACACAACAAUUUUCUUCGUUUCACUUGAGCAUAAACCGUUGUCGUGCUGCCAUAAGUCGCCAUGGCUGGGAGCAGCACUGCGCAGAAAACGUGGGACAUGUCGAACAGCAUGCAGGAAGUCCAGAGCAUAGACGAGAUUUACAAGUACGACAAAAAGCAACAACAAGAAAUCCUCGCGGCGAAGCCAUGGACGAAGGACCACCACUACUUCAAGUACUGCAAGAUCUCCGCGUUGGCCCUGCUGAAGAUGGUGAUGCACGCCAGGUCCGGGGGGAACCUGGAGGUGAUGGGCCUGAUGCUGGGGAAGGUCGACGGCGAGACCAUGAUCAUCAUGGACAGCUUCGCCCUGCCGGUGGAGGGCACCGAGACCCGGGUCAACGCUCAGGCCGCAGCGUACGAGUACAUGGCGGCCUACAUCGAAAACGCCAAACAGGUCGGCCGGCUGGAGAACGCUAUCGGCUGGUACCACAGUCACCCCGGCUAUGGAUGCUGGCUGUCGGGCAUCGAUGUCAGCACUCAGAUGCUCAACCAGCAAUUUCAGGAGCCCUUCGUGGCUGUUGUGAUUGACCCCACUCGGACCAUUUCUGCGGGGAAAGUCAACCUUGGCGCCUUCAGAACCUACCCAAAGGGUUACAAACCUCCCGAUGAAGGACCCUCAGAAUAUCAGACAAUUCCUCUGAACAAGAUUGAAGACUUUGGUGUACACUGUAAACAGUAUUACGCCUUGGAGGUCACUUACUUUAAGUCCUCCCUCGAUAGAAAGCUGCUGGAACUCCUUUGGAAUAAAUAUUGGGUCAAUACUUUGAGCUCUUCCAGUCUCCUCACGAAUUCGGACUACACCACAGGCCAGGUGUUUGACCUGUCGGAGAAGCUGGAGCAGUCGGAGGCUCAGCUGGGCAGAGGCAGCUUCAUGCUGGGGCUGGACACACAUGACAGGAAGUCUGAGGACAAACUGGCCAAAGCGACACGUGACAGCUGCAAGACGACCAUCGAGGCGAUCCACGGCCUGAUGUCUCAGGUCAUUAAGGACAAACUCUUCAACCAAAUCAACACAUCAGGCAAUUGAACCUGAGCUCCAAGCUGAUGUGGAUCUCUCCUGGAAAUGUUUUUCUUGUGCAUGUUUCGCACUUACUGGUUUAUGGUUUGACUGCUAAGAUUAUCUCUUGGGAGUGCUUUUUUAUUCAAAUUUUUUUUUCUUCGAAGUAGCUAAGGACCCCCCCCCCCCUCCAAAAAAUAAAAAAUACAGAAUGCAAAUAGUCUAUGUAUUUCUUACUUUUUAAAACCAAAUUAGAUGAGUUUAUUUAGGUCUGUAUUAUGCAACAUGAGAAAAUACUGUAUCUGGGAAAUUGAAGAAUUUCACUGGGGUAUAGAUUUGACAUUUGUCUUCACGUAUUCAGUCCUAUGUAGAUAUAAUACAGAUUCCUACGGUGCACUGCGUUAUUGUUUCCCUUCAUGCUCUGUCUGUGGCCCAAAAAAUAUUUUUUUUACACAUAGGACCUGUAUUCUGCUGCAGCCCAGCAUUUACUUACAACACCACGGUCACAUUUAACACGCAGCCCGACCGAGGAGCAGUCAAAGUCAGUAAGGCGCAGUCUGUGACAGCGUUACAUAAUGGAACAACAAAUUCACGUUUCUGCACAGGCUCAGAGGGAAUCGGCUGCCAUGUAUGGGACGUCUCUGCGGAGUCACUCCCAAGCAAAGUUUGGCUCUCCGUGGUACACAGUCCGGCGGAGUGGCCGGUCCGUCAGCUGGUGGUGUGGCAGUGAUGCAGUGCAGAAACAGAAGCCGCACACACUGGAGUCUAUUCACCCGACGCGUCUGCUCUCCAUCGGAGCAGACACACCAACUCUCUGCCUCUUUUUUUUUUUCUACAGACAGCUGCUGUGGCCUGGGUUUGUGUCACGUCUUUUUUUUCAUGAUAUUGUAAUGGCUAAAUGUAUAUUUUUGAUGUCAUGUGUUGCAAAGGGGAGAGUCCCAGUGGGGCAGAGGAGGUGUCUGUUUUGUCUCAUGUGCAUGAGCUCUGGCACCACUUCUUUUAAUGAUUUUCUAAAGGCGAGUCUUUAAAUUGAGGGUGUUCAGUAGUGCUUUAGGAAAAGCAAACUUAUUAUAUUAUAUUUAAUGCAAUUUUGGACUUUUUUAAAAUCGUAAUACAGGUUUACAGGCCCAGAUGGUCUCACUGAAGAGCCAAUGUCUUUUUGCCAGAUAUUUAAAUAUAUUACAUGGAUGACUGUCACAGUGCUGAGAAAAUAUUUAGAGUAUGCACUUUUAAAAUAGUUCUGACUAAUGUUCGGUCUUUCAUGGUGAUUUAAGAACUGCGAAAACAUGUUGAACUCGUUGUAGACAUGGAAAUAUCGUGAUUAUCACCAGAUGGACAUUUGUAUGCAUGACUUAAGGUGGGAUAGGAACAUGUAUGUUAAUUCGAAUCAAGUCAAAUUGUGGGCAGCCAAAAAAGUCCAUUAGCCGUGGAUUUCUUUUUACUUUCGCCUUUUAACAUUAAGCAAUUCUGUUAUGACAAAGUACGUUCGCCAUUAAUAUAUUUUUUUUAAAGAAUUUGGGAGCCUGGAGGUGCUGGACUUCCUCUCAGGCGUGUGGUCCCGCAUGAGUGGCGGCGGGUCACUCCCUCACAGGAAACCCAGGUCAUGGCAUGAUGUGGAUUAACAAUGCAGGGGUCACUGGGAGAGAAGAGUGUGGUGGUCCUGACAUGCUAUCCCCUCAGUUUCCCUUUACUAUCUUAGAGAUGCGGAAUUCUACCUGACAACAGCAAUGAACUGAAUUUUGAUUGUU